AUGCCGACAUCUAGUCAUACCACUCAGAAUGAAGACUGCAUUCGUUCGCCGAUUCCAAAGGCCGGCCGCUUCAAUGCAGUCCUCAAGCGCGUGGCUUCGUCUGUCCUCGGCCCCAAUCUGCUCUGUACCGGGUCAUUCAGGGUAGCAGUUCCAGACCGCUAUGCUACCGUCGUCAUUGCUUUUUUCCGUCAUGCUGGUCAUCCCAAUCUCAAUCGGGCUCAGAAUCUCCCUUGCGACGCGGGAAAGACGCAAGAUCUUCUCCUCUUUGGCUUCUCGAUGCCCGACUUUCCCACAAUCGGCCCCACCAACUUGCACUUCGUGAAGCAGCCGAGAGGACGACGCCAGCCAUGGGCAUGGGCUUGA